UUUUUUUAAAAAAAAAAAUUGAUAGGCAGGCAAGCAAGCAAAGCUAACACAAAAUGCAGGUACAUACAGAACCUGUGCAAAACACGCCAUGCACAGCCAGCUCAAUCGAUAAUACCACCGACCAGCACAGAGCCACAGUAACUCAAACUGGUUCGACUCAGUUUCCAAAUUAACCACAAUUAUUGGUUCCUGCUGCUAUCCUGAAACCAGUUGUUAUUGUUAUUAUCGAACUCGAUCUUGUGCUAUCCAUUCUACAUUGCCUCUCUGUGUAUCGCCCACCCUUCUCCUCCUCAAACAGCUCGGCGGGAACCUACAGUACUGGUAAUGUACCUACCUGUGCACAGUACACAGCCGGCACGGAUGGUACAGUCAGUACCCCUGUGCACUUUGGGUAUUUGCUUUGCUCCUAUAUCCUUAUUCCCCAUUCGGAAGGGGCUAGAAGAAGCCGGCGAUCGAGAUAUCAAUUAUUUAUUGUUUUUCGAAUUGGGAUUGACAAUUUUGCACUACUCCAAUUUUUGAUUUCCAUACAAGGCGUUUUUUGAACAAGGGAGGGCAGCGGCAUGCAUCGUUCUGUUUGUCUGCUCGAGAUGAUGGCUAGGUUGCACGCAACACGGCUCGUGGACACUUGACGGGAAAAGGGGGAGGUCUCAGGACGCUCUCUACACGCACUCCUAUCCAAGCAAGUUACGGCCAUAUGCUGUCAGGAGAAGCAUCCAUAGGGGUGAGCGAGGGUGCGGAGAAAUCUAUAUAAAGAUGCUUCACCCGCCUCCCAAAACCUCGUUUCUUCUUCGUCUCCACCGCAAAGCAAAGCAAAAGCAUCCUGUCCUUAACAGAACAAAAAAGAAAAUAUCCAAAAGAUCUCACACUCUCAUUAUUCAUUAUCCUCAUCACCUACAAAUUUCCACUCCUUCAACCAACUUUAUCCCUCCCUCCCAGUCUCGACAGGCCCCCCAAACAAACACAAAAAAAUUCCACCGCAACCCCCAGCCAAACACUCAAGAUGCAGCUCCAACUCUUCCUCUCCGCCUUCGCUUUCAUCAGCACCGUGGUUAACGCCGUCGCGCUCCCACCCCACAGCGGUAGUGAAGUCGGCUCCCCACUGGCUGUCCGCUCGGGUGGCACGUCCAGCUGCAACUCCGUCCCCCAGUGCUGCCAGAGCCACAAGUCCAGCGACGACAAGACCGUCAUCCAGGGCCUGAAGAUCUUUGGUCUUGACAAGGAGGCGAAGAAUGCGAAAGGUGGUGUUGCUACUCAAUGCAAGCCGAUAACGGGCGUCUUGAAUCUCGACCUACUUAAUGGCUGCAAGUCCAACGCCGUAUGCUGCUCUGACAACAAGAUGAACGGCCUUAUCUUCCUCGGAUGCGUUCCCAUCACGCUCAAUGUAUAGACGAGAUCGCAACCCCCGCAGCCGGAAACAGGAAGCCCCAGGCUAGGAGAGACAGAGACGGAAGAAAUUUCCAUCACGCUGGAUUCUUUUGUUUUCCCCUCUCUCUUUCCCCCGGGCCUACGCCUUGCGCCUAGCGGCCCCGUUUUCCCAUAUGCGGACUCGAUGUUGACGGACAAUGGACCUGAAUUGAUUUGGUUAUCUAGCUAACUCGACCUGGCCUUUUUUUGUUAUUGAAAUUUUUCACGAGAUGCGAAGGGAUAAACGUUUUUUGUGUGAGAAAGAGAGAUCGUUUAUAUUUUUAUAUUGUUUUGUUGUUC